UACAUUCCAGGGCGCAUGCGUGGUGUGCGGAGCGGCGAGAUACGUGGAAGUGUAGAGCCAGACGGGAAAAAGGUGAGAAUAUGGCUUCUGAGAGUGUCCCUCCGAGCGCAUCUCUGCGAGAAGCCACUCAGCGAAAGUUGCGGAGGUUUUCAGAGCUGAGAGGCAAACCUGUGGCAGCUGGAGAAUUCUGGGACAUUGUUGCAAUAACUGCAGCUGAUGAAAAACAGGAGUUUGCUUAUAAGCAACAGCUGUCAGAGAAGUUGAAAAAAAAGGAGUUACCCCUUGGAGUUCAAUAUCAUGUCUUUGUUGAUCCUGCUGGAGCCAAAAUUGGAAAUGGAGGAUCAACAUUUUGUGUUCUUCAAUGUUUGGAAAAGCUAUACGGAGAUAAAUGGAAUUCUUUUACCAUCCUAUUAAUUCACUCUGGUGGCUACAGUCAACGCCUUCCAAAUGCAAGUGCUCUGGGGAAAAUUUUCACUGCUUUACCUUUUGGUAAACCUAUUUAUCAGAUGUUAGAAUUAAAACUAGCCAUGUACAUUGAUUUCCCCUCACAUAUGAAUCCUGGGAUUCUGGUUACCUGUGCAGAUGAUAUUGAACUGUACAGUAUUGGAGAAUCUGAGUAUAUCAGCUUUGACAAGCCUGGCUUUACUGCUUUAGCUCAUCCUUCUAGUUUGACUGUAGGUACCACGCAUGGAGUAUUUGUCUUAGAACCUUCUAAUUGUUUAGAAUACAAAGACCUUGAAUACAGGUGUUGCCAUCGUUUCCUUCAUAAGCCCAGCAUAGAAAAGAUGCAUCAGUUUGAUGCUGUGUAUAGACCUGGAAGUUUUUUACAGCGGGACUUUUCUGGAGGUGACACUCCCUCUCUUAAAUUAGAAUCUGAGUUUGUAUAUACAGACAGCCUAUUUUACAUGGAUCACAAAUCAGCAAAAAAGUUACUUGCUUUUUAUGAAAAAAUAGGCACACUGAACUGUGAAAUAGAUGCCUACGGAGAUUUUCUGCAGGCUUUGGGAUCUGGAGCAACUGCGGAGUAUACUACAAACACAUCAAAUGUCACUAAAGAAGAAUCAGAGUUGGUAGACAUGAGGCAGAGAAUAUUUCAUCUUCUUAAAGGAAUGUCACUAAAUGUUGUGGUUCUUAAUAACUCCAGAUUUUAUCACAUUGGAACAACUGAAGAAUAUUUGUUUCACUUUACUUCACAUAGCAGUUUGAAGUCAGAGCUUGGUUUACAGUCCAUAGCUUUUAGCAUCUCUCCAGCAAUACUAGAAUGCUCUGGUAACACAUCCUGUAUCAUUCAAAGUGUAUUGGAUUCAAGAUGUUCUGUGUCACCUGGCUCAGUUGUGGAGUAUUCCAGAUUGGGGCCUGAUGUUUCCGUUGGGGAAAACUGCAUUAUUAGUGGUUCUUACAUCAUGACAAGAACUAUCCUGCCUGCAUAUUCCUUUGUGUGUUCCUUAAGCUUGAAGAUGAAUGGGCACUUAAAGUAUUCAACUAUGGCAUUUGGAGUGCAAGACAACUUGAAAAAGAAUGUUAAAAAAUUGUCAGAUAUAAAGUCACUUCAAUUCUUUGGAGUCUGUUUCCUGUCCUGCUUAGAUAUUUGGAAUCUGAAAGUUACAGAGGAACUCUUCUCUGGAAACAAGACAUGUUUGAGUUUGUGGAGUGCUCGUAUCUUCCCAAUUUGCUCUUCUUUGAGUGAUUCAGUUACAAUAGCCAUAAAGAUGUUAAAUGCUGUACAAAACAAGUCAACUUUCAGCCUGAAAAACUAUAAGCUGUUGUCCAUUGAAGAAAUGCUUAUCUACAAAGAUGUAGAAGACAUGAUAACCUAUAGGGAGCAAAUUUUCCUAGAAAUUACUUUAAAUAGAAAACAGUCUGAUUUAGAGACAUCUUAAAUAUUGUAUACUUUGCCUUUCCUGAUUAAGCAAGAUUGCAAAUAUAAGGGUUCUCUGUAGAUGUUUGUCUUUGUUUCAUUGAAGUAUUUAAUGAAGAUUAUAUAAUGUAAUUGCUGCAAUAUAACAUCAAUAACAAAAAUACAGGUAAACCAUGUUUGAAGAAAGAAUAUUUCAAGGAUCUAAGUUCAGGAAAGGGAUUUGGGAAUGUUGAUUCUUUGAAUUAAGAUGGGUUUAUGGAUCAUUGUUUUGUACAUGUAAUACUGUAGUAAUUUUAAAGAUCCUUUUCUAAACAUACCUUUAGAAUUUUGUUUUUAUUUUCUUUUGGGCUUCAGUUCCAAUAAAGUUCUAAAUGUCAGUUUUCUCCUCAAAUAUAGUAAUUCUAUUCUGAACUAAUAAAAAUGGCAUACUGUAGAGUCCUCAGCACUGGAGGAAUGCUGUAGAAAUACAUUUUCAUGAACAAAUUUAUAGCUGACAUUGAGCUUAGAUUAAUGCUUAAAAUAUUGUAAUUGAUCAUUAGUGAACAGCUCUGAAAUUGGUGGUAAAAGUCUAUCUCAUGUAUUGGUCUUACAAAAAUGAAACAAAAAGGGUAUAUGUAUUAUUUUAUCCUUAUAAACUUGAACAUGUGUAUGUAUAUCUUAAAAAUUAUUCCCUAAAUUUCCAUGCAUAGGAAAGCAUACACACACAAAACAAUUAUCUGUGUGGAAAAGAUGGUAGGAAUAACUGGGAUUUACUGAUAAUAACAUGUUUAUUUUACUGAUAAUAACAUGACAUUACUUUCAUCCUCUAGUUAAUCCCUGUAACAAAACUGUUAAAUUACUAGAUGGACUGAUUUUACUUUCCGUUUCUUAUUUUCUGUCAUGCACUAGUGAUGAUGUUGAGAGGCAAUAAAUAGCCAAAAGGUAGACAGCAGAAAGGAGCAGGAAGACUAGAAACACAGAAAAUAUACAGAUGACAGCUUCAAGAAAAUAAAAAUUGGCUGGCAUCCCAAGUCUUGUAUUCCUCUUUUGGUAAAAGCACGUAUGUUAAAUGUCUUCGUAUCAAAGUCUGGUAUGUAUUAGAGAAAAAGAUUUGUGAGAGGUUUGUGUUUUAACAUGAGUAAAUUGUAAUAAGAACUGGUCGGUGCCACUUUAUAUUUCAAAUGUCAAAAUGAAAAUAAUUAUUUAAUAAACCAGAAGUGACUUGUCUGCAACCUUAUUAUAGUAUUUGCCUUUUUUUCCUUUCUUCAAGGUUCUUUCCAAGGACAAAAUUAAUUUAUAUGGUAGCUCUUGUUUAGCAUUUAUUGAUUGACUUUCACAGUUUGCAGAGGAUAUUAUGUAUUUAUCAUGUAUUAAUUGUUCAGUACUGUAUUUCACAGUAUAAUCUAAAUCUAUAUAAUCUUUGUAUUUCACUGUACAACUUACAGUGUCAUCAGUUAUUAAGAAUCACCAUUUUAUGUUCCACUAAAAGAAAACACUACCAGUAAAA